CCGGAAAAUGGUCUUUAUCCGCAUACAUUCAUAGGUCUUCUACGCGUCAGUGCAGUAGCCGCCAUAUUUGAUAAGAACACAAAUUUGCAAUGCUAUGUUUUGUAUUCAUUUGAUUGUCGUUUUCCAGUAGUCAGGGGAGCAAUCUUUGGGAGAGGUGCGUGGGCCUCUGUGAAGGACGCAAGUGGUUCAAGGUCAUGGCCGGAGGUCUCGAUUGGAAUGACAAGAAAUCAUCAACACAGAAAUUUAAGAUCGGAUUGAAAAUAUUUAAAACGAAAGAUUUACAAACUACACAUAUCCAGUAUGAGUGUGACUUCUGAGUUGGGCAUUUCUCCAGUCCUCCUGCAAGCCAUAUCUCAUACACUUACUUCUACAGAAACAGAGAAGAAAAAGUUUGUUGAAAGAAAUCUCAGUAUGGAGCAGAAGGGAUCUCCCUCCCCCAGGAAGGUUGUGUCACACAUACUGGAAGGUAUGAAUGAACCAGUGGCUAGCUUGUUGCAAGCUGGAAGUGGCAGUGAAUCUGGAAAUAGCUUCCAGACUGUACGGGAUAGUAGUGAUGAGAUCAAGAACAUGCUUCAUAAAGUAAAGAGAAUAGACCAAGACAUAUCUCAAUAUGACAGAGAUACAGGAGAUUCUGUGUAUGUGGGCGGACAACCAAUGAGCAUGGUGAAUGUUCUGACAGCUUUGGCUUCGCAACAUCUGAAGAGCAAGAGUGGGGAGAGUGAUGAGGCCAUGACUGCUGAUUUGGAUAAUGUCAAGGUUGAGUCUGAUCCUAGACAGCAAAGCAAUCAACAGAUUAUAAUAUAUUACAACAAUGAAGGACCUUCUGUGCCAUCUCCUGGAAAUGACAUUGUAGUUGGUGAUGUUGAAGGUGGGACUGAGCAAAUGUAUCGUGUGGUGGUGCAGCAAGAAGGAAAUGGCGAUGUAGAGGCUGAGGUAGUGCAACCAACUGAGCACCAGGCAAAACUUAUUGCUGAACAUGAGAGACAAAUGGUAAUUGACAAACAGGUUAUCAUGGAAAAGCGAGCUCGUCUUAUGGCUCAGCAUGAAAUAGCACAGACAGUGGGUAGCCAGACAGGAAAUACUUCAGGUACCAUUGUGCAUGGAGUAGGACAAGACCCAUCUGCAAUUGAACAUUUAGGAACGCCUUGUCCAGUGUGUGGAGACAAAAUAUCUGGUUACCACUAUGGAAUAUUUACAUGUGAAAGCUGCAAGGGAUUUUUCAAGAGAACAGUCCAGAACAAGAAAACAUUUGUGUGCCACAGGCAUGGAGAAUGUGAUAUUAGCAUUUUCAACCGAAAGAAAUGUCCGGCUUGUCGAUUUGCCAAGUGUGUACAGUGUGGGAUGAAACUGGAAGCCAUUCGUCUGGACCGAACAAGAGGAGGCAGAAGCUCAUAUGAUGGAUGUUCAGCACAUGGUCGAACAAAGUCCAUAUCAACAGAGAGAAAGAUAAAACGAUCACGGUCACUUCCUCCUGGCCAGUCUUCCAAUUGCAACUCUGAUGUCAAUGUGAGUCAUCUGGUGGCUAUUUUAAACCAUUCAACACCCUCAUCACAACAGAGUGGAGAGGGUGGGACACUGCAAGUGCCAGAACUUUUAACAGACAUAAUGAAUUUGGAACCCCUUUUGUCGGAUGAAGAAAUACCCCUGGACAUGAUUCCAGAGGGAUUUGAAGAAAAUGAAGAUAGUUUGUACACAUACCUCAUGCAGCUUACGGAACUGCGACUCUAUAAGCUUGUGCGUUGGGCAAGAAAUCUCCCCCAGUUCGGGGCAAUUUCGACUGAUGACCAGAUUCUGCUGCUGCAAAACUGCUGGUCAGACUUACUGGCUCUGGGGGUUUGUUGGCGGUCAAUAGCUACACCAGGAGUGCUAGCUCUUUCUGCUGGGAAAACUAUUGGUUUAAAGCGUGCUCAGGACUUAGGUUUUGAUGAUAUAGUGAGCAGAAUGAUAUCACUGUCGGAACAUCUGAGGCGUCUAGAGGUAGACCAGUAUGAGUAUGUGGCUAUGAAAGUUCUACUUCUCAUUUCACCAGAUGUUAAAGGACUGAAGGAUCCAGGGAAGAUAAUGGAGCACCAGGAUAAGCUACUUGAUGCUCUUUUGACCUAUACAACUGGACAUUUCCUAAUGUUGCACAACAAGUUUGGAGAAAUGUUACUUCGCCUACCAGAACUCUCACGCAUUAGUUUCAUUGGCAAGGAGCAGCUUCUAAGUCGACUCCCAACAAACAUGACUUCAUGUGGACUCUUGGUAGAGCUUCUUAAGGGAGAAAAUGCAGCAAAAGACAUUUAAACCAUUACCUUUUGUACUUUUGGAAGCUGUUCCUUUCUUUAACAUAUUAAUUGGGACCACAUGCAAUUUUUCACAGGGAUUGAAUAUAAUCUGUCAAAAACCUCUUGACCAUUAUAAACUUUCACAAUGUAAUUUAAUAAUAAUAUAAUCUCACCUGAAAGCAGUUGGACAAGUAGUUGAAUUGAUCCCAGCAUUAGUAUCAUUGAAAAAUCACAACCAUACCAUUAAGUAAUGAUGAAAUUAUUUUCCAUGUAUGCUUAAUAUUUCAUCACCAUUUAAAACAAGAUUGAAUAACAUUAUCUGAUGAAUAGCAUACAAUUUUCAUUUUCAAAAAGUUAUCAGAAGAUUGUACAUUUAUGGAAUCAGUGCAUUGCCAGUAAUGGUUUCAAUAAAACAUUCUCACAGAA